AUGUCCUGUGUCACCAACGACGGUGACACCCUCGACGACGGUGACUCUCUCCUCGACGGCAUCUCGUCCCUCUUCGUCGACGACACCCAGCCGCCGCCGAUCCCCAUGGCUGCGUACGCCGCCGUCUCCGUCCAGGCGCACGUCCCGAUCAAGCUGGAACUCCGCUCCUCCAAUUACACCAAGUGGAGCAGCUUCUUCGAGGCCAUUUGCGGCAAUUGGCUCUAUGGCUCCGUCACCGAGGACGUCCUCGACUUCACCAUGGCCGCCAACCAGACAGCACGGGACCUUUGGGUCGCCAUCUCCAACCACUUCCAGACGAACAAAGCUCCUCGUGCCAUCUUCUUGAGUCAUGCGUUCCACGCAAUAAUUCAAGGGGAUAUGUCUGUCCACGAGUAUGCCCAAGCCCUCAAGAAGGCCGCUGAUGCUCUUCGCGACGUCGACAAGCCUAUUGCCGAUUCUGAGAUGGUUCUCGCCCUUCUCGCUGGGGCUGAUUCUCGCUACAGCACCACUGGAGAGAUCAUCGCAGGAGACGCGACCAUGACCUUCUCCAGGGCUGUAGAUCGGCUUGCCCUCCAGGAGCUCCGCCUAGCAAAUCAGUCAAAGGUGGCUGCCUCCUCCGCCAUGAUCGCCUCCUCCUCGGCUGGAUGCGGCUCCUCCUGCCAAUCUACAUCAUCUUCGACCACCGUCACGCAGCAGCAGCAGCGCCCUCCUCAGCAGCAGCAGCGUCGCAGGAGGGGCAGACGCUCCAACGGCGGCCAGCAGCAGCAGUAG